GGUUCGUCGUAGCAGCGAGGCGCAGCCUGGCAAUUACAUCGGAGAAAAAGAGGAAAGGGGUGGGGAUGGUGGGUGAAUGAUUAAUCUGUCCAAGACGAAUUUCUGUUCGGAAUAAGAACACUUUGAAAUUCAAGCGAACCCCCUCCCUCCCGCAGGAGAACGCGCUGUUUCUUUUACGCGCGGAGAGCAUCUGCGCCGCCGGAGCAGGCGGUGCUUGUGGAAUCGUGCGCGGUUGCUUGGCGCUCGUCUUUGCUGCUUUGAUCUGCGCGUCGGUUCAGCACUGGACAGCGACCGGGACCGUCAUUCUGAGAACAGCAGAAGGAUCCUGAGGCGGGUCGCUCCGACCCACUGGCUCGGGGCAAUGCGCGGCUAGGAGGCUUCCCUACACCAACAGCCGCCACUGAAGCCCUGGAUUAAUAUAGCAGCGCCACAUCCCCCUCCCUCCACUUGCUGAUCCCAAGUCCUCCAACUAAAGGCACCAUGGGAAAUCGUGGCAUGGAAGAGCUGAUCCCGUUGGUCAACAAGCUGCAGGAUGCCUUCACCUCCAUUGGCCAAGCCUGCAACCUGGACUUGCCGCAGAUCGCGGUGGUCGGCGGUCAAAGCGCAGGAAAGAGCUCCGUGCUGGAGAACUUUGUUGGCAGGGACUUUCUGCCCCGUGGAUCUGGCAUUGUCACCCGCAGGCCUCUGGUUCUGCAGCUUAACAGUUCUAAUGCUGAGUGGGCCGAAUUCCUCCACUGCAAAGGGAAGAAGUUUACUGACUUCGAUGAGGUCCGCCAGGAGAUCGAGGCGGAGACGGAUCGUGUCACGGGCGCCAACAAGGGCAUAUCCCCCGUUCCCAUCAACCUGCGGGUGUUCUCCCCUCAUGUCCUGAAUCUGACUCUCAUCGACCUGCCGGGGAUCACUAAGGUGCCGGUGGGGGACCAGCCCGUCGACAUCGAGCAGCAGAUCAGGGACAUGAUCAUGCAGUUCAUCAGCCGAGAGAGCUGCCUGAUCCUGGCCGUCACUCCGGCCAACACUGACCUGGCCAACUCUGACGCCCUGAAACUGGCUAAAGACGUGGACCCCCAGGGUCUGAGGACUAUUGGAGUCAUCACCAAACUGGAUUUGAUGGAUGAGGGGACAGAUGCUCGAGAUGUUCUGGAGAACAAACUGUUGCCUCUUCGACGAGGGUACAUCGGAGUGGUUAACCGCAGCCAGAAAGACAUUGAUGGCAAGAAAGACAUCAAGGCGGCUUUAGAAGCUGAAAGGAAGUUCUUCUUGACCCAUCCGGCAUAUAGGCACAUGGCUGAAAAGAUGGGCACUCCUCGCCUGCAGAAAGUGCUCAACCAGCAACUGACCAACCACAUCCGGGACACGCUGCCAGCCUUCCGAAGCAAGCUGCAGUCCCAGCUGUUGGCUAUAGAAAAAGAGGCGGAAGAAUACCGGGGAUACCGGCCCGAUGACCCGUCUCGUAAAACCAAGCAGCUGCUGCAGAUGGUGCAGCAGUUUUCUGUGGAUUUUGAGAAGAGGAUUGAGGGCUCUGGGGACCAGGUGGACACAGUGGAGUUGUCUGGUGGAGCCAAAAUCAACCGCAUUUUCCAUGAGCGCUUCCCUUUUGAACUGGUCAAGAUGGAGUGUGAUGAAAAGGAGAUGCGACGUGAGAUCAGUUAUGCAAUCAAGAACAUUCAUGGUAUUAGAACUGGCCUUUUUACCCCAGAUAUGGCAUUUGAGGCCAUUGUGAAGAAGCAGGUCAUAAAGCUGAAGGAGCCUUGCAUCAAGUGUGUGGACAUGGUCAUCCAGGAGCUGAUCAACACCGUGCGCCAGUGCUCCUCUAAGCUGGAAUGCUUUCCCAUGCUGCGGGAGGAAACGGAGAGGAUCGUGACGUCUCAUAUAAGAGACAGAGAAGGCCGAGCCAAAGACCAGCUUCUGCUUUUGAUUGACAUCCAACUGUCGUACAUAAACACCAACCAUGAGGACUUCAUCGGCUUUGCUAAUGCUCAGCAGAGGAGUAGUCAGACUAACAAGAGCCAGAGUUCAGCAGGAAACCAGGUCAUCCGCAAAGGCUGGCUGACCAUCAACAACAUCAGCAUCAUGAAGGGAGGAGCUAAGGAGUAUUGGUUCGUGCUGACAGCCGAGAGCCUCUCCUGGUUUAAGGAUGACGAGGAGAAAGAGAAGAAGUACAUGCUGCCGCUGGACAACCUGAAGGUCCGCGACGUGGAGAAAAGUUUCAUGUCAAGCAAGCACAUCUUCUGCAUCUUCAACACAGAGUCCAGGAAUGUUUAUAAGGACAACCGCACUUUGGAGUUGGCCUGUGACUCUCAGGAUGAUGUGGACAGCUGGAAGUCAUCUCUCCUUCGUGCUGGGGUCUACCCCGAGAAGACCACCACGGUGGAGAGUGAAUCCACCACCACCACCUCAGAUAACUUCUCCAUGGACCCUCAGCUGGAGCGCAAAGUGGAAACCAUUCGCAACCUGGUGGACUCGUACAUGGCCAUCGUCAACAAAUGCGUUCGGGACCUAAUUCCAAAGACCAUCAUGCACUUGAUGAUCAACAAUGUGAAGGACUUCAUCAAUGCAGAGCUGCUGGCUCAGCUGUACUCUGCAGGGGACCAGAACACCCUGAUGGACGAGUCCCAGGAGCAGAGCCAGAGGAGGGAUGAGGUGCUGCGGACCCACCAGGCCCUGAAGGAGGCCCUGUCCAUCAUUGGUGACAUCUCCACCUCCACCAUCAGCGUGCCCUUGCCUCCACCUGUUGACACCUCUUGGAUGGGAGGAGCCGGGGGCCGCAGGUCCCCCCCACCCAGUCCCACUGCCCCCAGGAGGAUGUCAGCAGGCCAGCGCCCAGCCCCUCGAGGGGCCCCUCCUCCACCCAACCGCCCAGGUCCCUUAGGGCCCUUCAAUAACAGCGCGGACAGCCCUCAGGCUCCCAGCCGCCCAAAUAGGGCCCCACCUAGCAUCCCUAGCCGGCGGCCUCCUCCAUCUCCAACAAGACAAGCUCCACCUUAAUCAGCUGAGGGGGUGCCUCGUACCCUCAUCUGCCCCCCCCCCCCCCCCCCCCCCCACUGUCCUGGUCUCUCCUUAGUGCACACACUGAAGUCUUUGACCCCCCCUCUGAACCUCAGUCCCUCGGCAGGUGACGACAUCCAUAUAUCUACGUACAGUAUGGUACUUGUCUUGUGGUGUAUGUGUAUGUGUGCUUGUUGCUCGCCUGUGAUCCAGGUUUGCUUAACAGCUCCAUCUCCCAGUAUCAAUCCUGGACCCCCUCCCCCCCUUAACCCCCCCCUCCCUAAAAAUGUCCUGCAACUACAUAGCUGCUAUAUGAAUUUAAAAAAAAAAGGCUCAGCAGUCAUAUGGUCCGACCCAUCCCAGAAUGCAGCAUGGCACUAGCUGCUUUUAUUGCAUGGGAGUGUGUGUACGUGAGGUGUGCUCGUGUGCGUAAGAAGGAGAGACUACUUUGCCUAUAUGUAGGCUGACUUUGAUUGAGAAAUGCAUUAAGCUCCUGUUUAAUGCCCCCUCUCUUCCUCCUAAGUGUUUAUCAUCAGCCUGGUGUUGAACUAGCAGCAGGAGUCGUAUCUUAUAGUGUAAGCGUGUACAUGCGUUCUUCUGUCAUACUGUGUACGUGGGCGUGUGCGAGGACUCAUGUGUAUGUGCCGUUUGUCUGCACGUUUGUGGUUCUUAUAAUUAUGAUUUUUUUUUCUCCAUUUUUUUCGUUUGUUUGUAUGGUCAAUGCUGUUCACGAUGACUUCUCCAACGACCCCAUCCCUCCCGGAAGGUCGGGUGGGUUGAAAUAUAAUGUUUGUGAGUUGUUUCUGUGUUGUAGUAGCGGCCAUACACACACAUAGCAAGGCUGAGGAGCACCUUCAGUAUUCUCAGUGUGGAAAUAACAGCCUCACCGAUGCGUUGAACCUCGUCCACCUGUGCUGUAUUGAUGGUCAAAGCGUGACCCCCUACAGCCUUAAACUCCGAUUCAGAUGCUGACUUGUGAGAUGAAUGGGACUGGAGCUCGCACUGAGAAAUUUCUCGCCCAGUGUAAAAAGCUAAAUUAGAUUUCUCAUAAUGACUAAAAAAAAGGCUUUAAUAUACUGUAACUAUUCAUUUCCCUCAGGUUUGAAACGCCUAACCUCCUUCUCUGUCUGGUCUCACCUCCGUCUCCUCUAUCACGGCAGCCAGUUAGUCAGUGCCUGCAUCAGAACUUGAGGUUGUAUCGUCAAUGUUUAAGUGCUUCUCUGUCGAUUUGUUAUCGUGUCUGUGAGCCUAAAUUGUGUUCUUAUGUAUAUAGGUAAUGAUAAGGAGAUACUAUACCUGUGGAUUGUAAACACCUUAUUAAGAAUCCUUAUGCUUAAACUGUUCUCUUUGUCUCUAUUCACUACAUGCUUUCCAAUUUAGACUGCCUUACUGGCAUAAACUACAAUUUUUAAUUGCCAAAGGUAAAUACAGCUCUGAGAAGUGAAAAAAAGGAAGAAAAAACAAAGACAGGAAAAUGACUUUAUGUUUAGGGCACAAUAAUGGUAAAUUUGGGAAAUGUAUUAGUUGUUAUAUUCUGUGCGUCUGUAUCGCUCCUUAAUAAACAUGUUCCUGAUGAUGUUAAA